UUUUACAUAUUUGUAAAAGCUCAGCACACGCCCACAGCUCAGCAUCUAAGACCCCUAAUUUUCCUCUUUUCUCUUUUUAUUCUUCACAUUUAUUUUUAGGCUCUUCCCUGUUGCCAUGGCAGGACCAGAACCCAACAGGAAAAUAAGACAAAUCAUGGAGCAUCACACCGAUUCAGGAGGGGUUACCUUGGAAACACGUUCAGCAGAGCUGGUGGCAACAGUCUGAACAGAGGAGUGUAAGAGAAGGAUAAAAAUAGGCUCACAUGAGGAGGUUAUGAUGGAGUAGGAGGCUGCGAGUGAGCGAGCGAGUGAGCGCUCCUCUCAUGUCUUUAUUCUCUCUCUGAUUACUGCUUCAUCGCUUGUACUUUAGUGUUUAUAUAACGCCUGGAUAACAAUGGCAGGGCGCUGUGAGCCGCUCUGACACAAACAGACACAUCCAGCUACAAAUCAGACUCCAGCUUUCUGUGACAGAGAAUAAACACGUCCUGGAAGAACCAGCACUCUCCAUUUCUAAGAUUUCAUUCGACCAUUUUUGUUGUUUUUAUUUCUGCUGGUAAAUGUAAUCAGAGCGGGUUUUAAUCCCACUGACAGCUCCUCAUCAAUCUGUGUGAAAACCUGAGGGUGAUGUAAAACAUCUGCAGGGCGGCUGUGACCCUCAACUUUCAGGGUUUUUAUUUUUUCAGCUGCUUUUUAAUUUCCUGACGUCGCCUUAUGAAUUUUUUAAUAUCCUAUCAACGAAGCAGGUGGUUGGCAGUUUUGUUUCUCCAACACCUGAUGACAUUUGAUAUCACGACGGUCGAUAUCAUGUGUUACUCAGCACUGAGUUAAGUUGGUUAUUUAGCCAGUAAGACAAGAUUAAUUUAACUAAUCCUGAAUCAGUGAAACACACUCAUGGUUCUGCAAACUGUCGACUAUUUGUGGAUGUUUUUGUCAUGUUGGAUUUUCCUUUUUUGUGACGACCGUUCUUUAAAGAUGCUGUAUAAAUACAUUUUAUCAUCAUUUAUGUCAGAGGAAAAACACCGAAGUGCUUUAUUUAUUCAUAAAAGAUAACCAUUUUUUCACCAGCACUUAGCUGCUUUAAAAUACACACAUACAGGAAUAUCUACUUUCAUUUUUGCGUCUCGAAACUUUCUCAUUAUCUCCAAGUUUUUAAAAGCAGGAACAAGUGAAAGUACACGGCUGGCUGCAGAAAACAGCUGAUCACCCUAAAAUAGUCUCUCAUUGUUUCUUAAAUCUUUUCAUUCACUCGGAAAGUUUCAUUUUGUCCAAGUAAAAAAAAACAAGCUUAUUUAAAACCAUGUGACUACAAAGAUUUGAACGCAUGAAACUGACAAACUUUGUUUUUUUUUCACCUUCCUUAUCCGCCUGAUAAGAAUAAAGCGAUCUGAGGCUAAAGAAACCGCAGCGGCCGACAUCAGCUGACCCUCUUUUACUGUAACUCUGUUCAGUAAUAUGUCAGGAAUUUGGGAUUGGUUGCUGAGGCCUGUGAACAAAAACAUGGCCUAUAUUCUUCUGAGUCAGCUUCAGCGUGGAUUUCAGAGGGAGGAAAAGAGUCAGGAGGUUCAUGGUUUACUGCUCGUGUACAGUGGAUCUUCACACAUGCCGGGAAUACUAGUGAACAGUGUGUCACAACAGACCAGAGCGAACACUUUCUCAUGAACUGUUGGUGUAAAUAUUGUGUAAGCAGAAGGAGCGGGCUCUUAUGUCAGCACUUCUCAGAUUUCUCUUGUGCAAUAUCUCUCUCCAGCCUUGUUAGAAAGCAUCAAAUUUGAGCUUAGUGGGAAGAGAUUAAAACAAGGAAGACAGAUGAACACAACAAUAAGAGUGCAGUCAGUUUAGCUGGGGGGUUUGAGGGGUCAGUCUGGGACCAACUGGACAGCCAAGCAGCAGAAGUAGAGCCCCCCUUAUUGUUCCCUCUCCCAUCCCCCUCCUCCAGAGAUCUGUCCAGACUAAAUAACAAUCACACACAAGUUUCUGUAAAGGAAAUGUAAAGGAAGUGAGGGGAAAUUCAUCAGAGGAGAGGACGUGUUAGAUUAAGGGCACAUGUGUAAAUCUAAGCUGAAAGAGAAACUGUUUAAACUGAGAGAAGUCCGGAUUACAGACACUUUUAUCCAUGAAUAUAACUGGGUUUCAGUGUUAGGUGAUAGGAUGCUGUCUGUAUGAAAAUGGGUCAGUUGUGAGGACGUAAAGAUGUCCAAGGUGGAGAGGACACGGUGUGUUUGUACAGUCAGCGUGUAUCAAUACUUGAAUUCAGCCCAAGUCUGUUUAACUCUGUGUACUGAUCAAUCUACAAAGUUUAACGCUCUUAAAUGAUAUUAACUGAAAAUUAAGUUUUAAAAAGACACUAUUCUGCUUUAAAUUUGACCUGGAAGCAAGAAGAGCGGCUAAACACCCCGAGGUAACCUGAAGCAGCUGAAGAGAAAAAAACAGCACUCCGAGCAUAAAAGCCGAAUAUCCCGCAGCAGAUUGACAUUUAAACUACACACGAACACAUCAGCCGUCAUAUUAAAGUGAGAUCUCUGACCUGCUCCGACUCUGAAUCAUAUUCCUCAUCGUCUCCGCUCAAUGACAAGGCCAUGGCUCCUCUGUCUCAUCGUUUGUGAGCAGCAGAGAAAACUAACAUGGCUGAACAAGGAUCCUACAGCUCCCCCUCCUUCACAGGCUGCUGCUGUUAGCAAUGUUAGCUGUGAGGCGUUCACGAAACCUGGGGGAAAAUAAACUCUCAAUGUCCGCAGUAUAGAUCGGGUUAAUAAAGCAAAAUCUCAAAACGAGUAAAGACGCAAAAAAUAAACACUUGUAUUCACUUAUAAUAUGAAUUAUUACGUAGAUUGAUGAAUUCGGAUUAAAAUUCGAGUAAAUAUGACAAUUUACCGGAUUUACACAUCCGCUGACGCUGUAUUUAACGAGUGUUAUAAAUGCAGCAUAGAUGCUAAUAGCAUGGCUAACAGGAUAGCUAACAAGAGAAGCAGGAAGUACAAAAGAGUAUUCACUCCAACGCAUCUCCGUCUUCGCUACUUAUUUUUAACGACUGAAAACGUGGUUUAAGUUCCUGAAACCUUAAUUUCACUCAGUAAAUCUAAAAAUAAAGGGAAUAAAAUGUUUUAUAAAUGUCUGAUAGCAGCACCACAGGCCUCUGUGUUCAAUACUUUAGUACUUUAGUAAAUUUUUAGAUAGCCAACAGAUAAAAUUUAUUGUGGUUUAAAAACAAAGCAUGACUUCAAAUAUAAUUUUUACUUCUAAAAACCCUUUUUUGUUUGAAACUGCUGCAGUGAACUCACAGUUUUGUGAAAUGAGGAUGUGCAGAGUCAGUGUCAGAGCUUUAGCUUGUUUCCUAUUGGAGAUAUUGAGUGCGUUACAAUUGCCCCCAAUCUCCCCUACUCAGUUUGGGUACAGAAGUCCAGGGAUGUAAACUUAAAUCCUUAUAUUUCAGGUUCUCUCUUAACAGAAGUUCUUUUUUUUCUGGUUGUUUUUGCAUAAUUUGGUGUUAUGUGUUUGGACUCAGGACAACAGAGCUAGUCAUUCCUCUGAAACUGAAUAAUCCUUUUUAUUAUACACGUUUGUACACAGUAAUGAGUGAGUCUUUGUUGAAAUAAAAAGGGAGGGACAGCAAAUAAGUCAGUUUAACUUCUGGGUUUGUUUUACGGCUGAUAUGUUUGUAAUUACAUAAUAAAAACUUUGACUCACCCAGAGUUUGUAUGAUAUAACACUGAUGAUGUAAGAAUGAAUCAUUAUCAUUAUCACGCUUCUAAAGGGUUACAAAUAUCUCACACGUGAGGGCAAUAAUUCCCAAAGCUCUGAAGCUCUUAUCAGGAGCAGACCUCACCUGUUGACACUCACACACCUGAACAUGUGGAGACUGACUUCAGGCUGAAAACUUAACAACUACUGAAUUCACAUUUGACUGCUCUGGUACAUGUAUACUGAUGUUAUAGAUGUUAUAGACAUUUUUAUUUUCCCAUCCUGAAGCCAGACUGUCUUUAUUUAGCUUUUACAUUCACUGACCUUUUUAAUUUUCUUCACAGUUUCAUCAUAUUUAGAGCGAGGGAUGAUUUUUAGGGGAACAUAGUUUGGAGAUUAUGUAAUCUGUUUAAAACUGACGUAACUUUGUACCAGAGAUGAUGAAAGACUAAACACUACAGGGUUUCUCUGUGUGAAAUAAACAUAAAAUGUCACACUCAGUCUCAUCACUUAAUACAUUUAGGUAAAAUAGUUUAAAAAAACAUGCAACCUACAAGAAGAUAGAGGGGAUACGUUUGACAAAACAUGAUAAACCCUGAACUGAAUUACCUUAAAAAUGUGAGCCCAUAGACACUGGCUGGUGUACAAAACCUCACAGUACAAACAAAAGUAUGAUCUUGUUUACCAAUCUAUUUAUUUUACUGUAGUCUUUAGUCGAUACUCAUUUUAUGACCAUGUAAUAUAGUUGUAAUUCUUGAUGUGCUGCGUUUCAUACUCCUGUGUUUUUUUCAUUAUAUAUACAUGUAAAUAUAUAAACAUGUUUUUCUUUUCAUUUAAUUGUUCGUUGAAAAUUAAUAAACAUAUUUCAAAAAAAAAACAUGCAACCACCAAUCUAAUAUUUUGCAUGAUUUUGAAAAGAAUUUUAUUUUAAAAUUCUCAAAGCUAGAAUCUGAGAGUGUUUAAAAAAGUCAAAAUAUCUUAGUGUUUAUUUCUGUGUUGGAUUUUCCAAAAGUUCCUUACUCUGAAAAGGUUCCCUAAUUACAGAAUCACCCACAUGUCAUUACUUCAGUACACUAACACUUUUAUUAACCUGUUUUUCUUUUUUCUUUUGCUCUGAAUUCAUCCUAAAACAAACUCUGAGUUUUUUUGUAAGCAUGUUUAAUUUUGACAGUCCAGUUAAAUCUGCACUGAAAAUUAAUGAAUAGGUCAUAUUAAAGAUCUUAAUGAGGAGUGGUCCUCUACCGCCGCCUACAGGCGACCUGCAGCAGUGCCCUCUGAGAGCGUUGGAUUGUGGGUAUGAGGAGUUUCCUGACUGACUCUGACAGACACUCAGCUGUUACAGGAAAGUUUUGACACUCUCGGACCUCUCGCUCUCUCUCUGUUCGGAAACUGUUCGGGUAAAUGUCGGACUUCUUCGGAACUAAAUCUUCUCCGAGUGAUUUUCUUCUCUUUACUUCAUCGAGUUUCAACAUCUGAACCCUCUCGGUUUUUAACUUGGGGAACUUUUUUAGUUGUUUUUUAAUCCUCCUCUCCUCACACUCGGACCCUCGGAUCGGCUCUCAGGAUGAGUCUGAACGAACACUCCAUGCAGGCUCUGUCGUGGAGGAAACUCUAUCUGAGCCGAGCCAAACUCAAAGCCACCAGCCGAACUUCAGCUCUGCUGUCCGGGUUCGCGAUGGUGAGGACAACUUUGGCUUCCUCUCUCUCUCUCUCUCUCUCUCUCUGUUUACUGCAUGAAUGCAUACACCCCUCUUGCUGCAGCAGCGCAGGCCGUGGACAGCAGCUGUAAAUAUUAGUGACGCACCUUCACUUUCUGCAGGAGCUGACCCUGUUCAGACCCCCCAGGACCACCAUCCUCUCUCAUUUUCAGCCUUAAAAACUAUCAGGGUUCUUAUUUCCGCAGGGUGGUGCUGUGAUCGGGGCACGAUAAAGGUCACGGCAGAGAGAGAUCAUCCCAGUUUAACUCUGCACACAGAAGAAGAAGAAGAGAAAUCUCAUGAUACAAUAGAGCAUUCAUAAGGGAUCAACAGUUAAUAUAAAGAGAGUUUACUUACACACCUUUGAGUAAUCCAGGUUUAUCUUCAGUCUGAACAAACAGAAGCAGACCUGCUGCUCCUCCAUUCAGUUUCCUCAUGAAUCAGUUACUCUGGUUUUACUCUGAAAGAGCUGAGAAAGAUCCACAUUCAUUCACUCAGGGUAUUUGUGACACUAUUUAAAAUAAAAUGUUUUUUUUUUGUUAUCAUGACUGAAUUUACAGUUACAGGAAAGUUAUUGAGUUUUAUAAUGUUAUAUCAGAAGGAGGUGUGUCAUCUUUCCAAACUUUAGAGAAGAUGUGAGAGGAGGAACUGGGGAUAGUUUUUAAAGAAAACACUUAAACAAAUGUGAAAAAAACACAUUUUCCUUUCACUAGUAAUAAAAUCAGAAAAGCUCAUUUCAAAUUUAUUCACAAACUGUUUUUAACUCCAAUGAAAAGACAUAAAAUCUCAAAGCAGAUCUCUUCAAAAUUUGUAUUUUAUUUUGCAUUCGGAAAAAACAGAAUUCACAAAACAGCUGGAGUUACAGAGCAGGACACUGAGACCACUAAAGACAAAGAAGUCCCUUAAACGGCUCAAACGCUGAAUCCAGACAACUCUCAAGACUCACUUUAAAGCUACUGUAAGGAACUUUCAGUUUCGUCUCAUCGCUGAUGGCGGUUUUUGUUUAUGUGAUAAAAAAGCAUCAGUACAGGUUUCAGUCUGUUUGAUUAACGUGAAAAACUUCACAGGAGCUUUAAGUUGUAGGUCGUGACGUUUUUCAUGUCUGGUCUGCAGGUCGCCAUGGUGGAGGUACAGCUGGAGUCAGAUUACACGUAUCCUCCCGGGCUUCUGAUAGCCUUCAGCGCCUGCACCACGGUUCUGGUUGCUGUCCACCUCUUCGCCCUCAUGAUCAGCACCUGCAUCCUCCCGAACCUGGAGGCCGUCAGCAACGUCCACAACCUCAACUCGGUCAACGAGUCUCCCCACGAGCGCAUGCACCGCCACAUCGAGCUGGCCUGGGCCUUCUCCACGGUCAUCGGCACCCUCCUCUUCCUCACUGAGGUGAUGCUUCUGUGCUGGGUCAAGUUCUUACCCCUCCAAAAGAACACGGAGGCAAAGAACGGCACCAUCAGUUCAGGCGAGGCCGCCGCCAUCGCCUCCACCUGCAUCAUGGUGCCGUUUGGAAUUGUCUUCAUCGUGUUCGCCGUGCACUUUUACCGCACGCUCGUCAGCCACAAAACGGACCGGCAGAUCCGGGAGCUGGAGCAGGUUAUCCGGCUGCAGAAUCAGCUGGACCACCGGGCCGAGAACGACGAGCUGAAGGCUGCGGCCCACUUCCCCUGAUCAGAGCGAGAUUCAGAGGACAUUCAGCGGGGCUUUUAUUGUGAAAUCCUGCAUAGAAGCUUUAUUUUGUAUCUUUAUGGGAGUGUUACAGUUUUCAAACCACUUUUGGAUAAUGCAUGUUCACAAACCGUCUUUUUGGAGCUGUGAUUUAGAAGAGGAAAAGAAUCGACUGUUUACGUAGAGGAAACUUUAAUCAUGUUUUGACGUGUUUUAGUUUGUCCUCUGGGACGUGACUGUUUCAGCCUUUUAAGGAAGAAAAUCUGGGUCAGAUUUCAAAGCAGAGAUGGACUAUCAUAGGGUUAAAAAAACACAGUGAGUAUGUUAAAGGUUAAUAAGACCCAACAGUGCAGAAACUCACCGGUUAUUUCUUUAAAGUAGAAAC